CUGAAAAGAUCAAUUCAGCUGCAAAAAGCCUAGCUGAAUAUCAACGAAUGAAGGAGAUCGCUACAGAUGACUCAAUGAAAGUUUUGUUAUCGUCUAAGAUAAUUGAAGAACAAAAAAAUAUAUCAAUACAAAAUGCACAGCCAGAAUAUUUCAUUGGAACUUCAUCAACAACCUUUAUAGUAGAUUUAGAAAGUAUCAUUUCGAAUGAAGAGUUUUCCACUACCCUAAAGAAAGAAGGCAAAGUUAGACCUAUUUGGAUUCUUCUUGUUGAUGGUGGACCUGAUGAAAACCUGAAGCAUAUGAAAAAUAUUAUUCAAUAUGCUCACCUUUUCCGUGCUCUUGAUCUGGACUACUUGAUGAUUCGUACUCAUGCUCCGGUCAAAGUAUCACAUCUAAAUAGUCAAGGGAAAGUAGUAGAUGAAGUGUUAGCACGACAGAAUUUCGAAUAUUCGGGAAAAAAACUACAUGAUAUAUGA